UAUGCUCCUCUCAGCUGACAGUGCUGCUACUGCUCCACUUAGUCAUUGCACUGCAUAGCAGCCAACUGAACCAGAGGCUAAGAGAGCAGUAGCAAAUUCGUUAUUUGGUAUUACACAGAUAUUGAUACCAGCUAAAUAUAUAAUCAUGGCUGGACAACAGCCUAGGCAGGGAGAACCCUCUGAGCGCCAGGAGAAAGAACACCAAGGCGACCACCCCUGCAUAAUAUGGACUGGGGGUUCAGAAAAAACGCCAGUGGUGAAAUUUCAAGCAGAAGGCGCAACUGGAAAGGUAUGCCUGCGUGAGGUGGGAGAACACUACCACUUGGCAUACAAGAUGGCUCGUAUCGGGAAUUGCCCGGUCAGCACAAUGCUAUCUGCUCAUGGGUUUCAGAAAGUGGAAGCCAGCAGUAGCAAUUUCAAUUUGAUGUGGACAGGACCAUACAUAAAUACUUCUGUCUUUGCAAAUCUUUCCAAAUAUCAGAAAAUCAAUCACUUCCCCAAUUCUAUGGAGUUGGGACGCAAGGAUCUACUCUGCAAAAACAUUCAAACCCUGCAGAAGAAACAUGGGGCAAAGACAUACAACUUCCUACCCCAGAGUUAUUUACUUCCCAAUGAUAACCAGGAAUUCUGCAAAGUUAUUUCCAAGGAUCAAGGCCCUUGGAUCUCAAAGCCUGUCUCUGCCUGUCAAGGCCGCGGAAUUCAGAUAAUCAAUUCCUUCUCUCAAGUAAACAGAAGAGAAAAGCUUCUAGUGUCUCGUUAUAUAAAAAAUCCACUUCUUGUUGACGGCUAUAAAUUUGACCUACGUUUGUUUGUACUGGUCACGUCAUAUGAUCCACUAAUCAUUUACCUGUAUGAAGAGGGUCUGACAAGGUUUGCAACCGAUAAAUACAAUCCAACGGAGCAGAACAUGAAAAACCAAUUCAUGCAUCUGACAAACACCAGCAUAAACAAAGGAAAUGCAAAUUAUGUGAGGUCCACAAAUCCGGAAGUGGAAAAUCACGGCAGUUUAUGGAGCAUGGGUGCAUUGCUGCGUCACCUAAAGGGAUUGGGAAAAGACACAGCCACGCUCAUGUCUAAAAUAGAAGAGCUUGUUAUUAAGACCAUAAUAUCGGCAGAAGGCUCUAUUGCCUCAGUGUUUCAGGGAACUCUCGCUCACAGAAGAAAGUGUUUCGAGCUGUAUGGCUUCGAUGUCCUAGUUGAUGAAACCUUAAAGCCCUGGCUGUUAGAAGUUAAUCUGAUGCCAUCUCUGGUUUCUGAUGGACCCCUUGCGUUAAAAAUCAAGGCAAAUCUGCUUGCAGACACACUGACAUUAAUUGGUGUGCAGUGUCAAAAUACCCAGCAGAAUAUAGACAAAGAAGGGCCCACAAUAGCUGCAAACGUGAAAGCAGGAUAUCAAAAUACAGCUGCUGGACAGACCGAAGCCUCCCUCUUCCAAGAGAGGAUGAAGAUAAUUCGUGAAGUCAAGGAAGAGGAAGAGAGAAGAGGCGGUUUUAUUCGUAUCUUCCCCCACAAGGAGACAUGGAAGCGAUAUAGCAAUCUAUUGACAUACAAAUCAUUUAAUAACAUGCUGGCUUGUCAUCUUUUUACAAAGAAGCCAUCAGAGCCGGGAUCCAGCAGUAGUGGACUUGGGCAACACUCUGCGUUGUAUGAGCGAAAGCUGCCGCCACUGCGGACAAACCACGAGAUGGCACAAGGUCAAGUCAGUCUAUCUCAUAGUAGAGCAACUCCCAAGGAUGUAAGGAGACCCCUUAAAAACAUUCAGCCUCGCCAUCUGCAUGCAGUGAAGACAUCAGAUCAAAAAGCCAGCAGUGUUGGUGUUGGGCAUGAACAAAAGCAGCCAUUACUGCAGACAAAGAAGUCAGUCAGUCCAUCAAGAUCUUCUCACAUGAGCAGUGAAAGAGCUUCCAAGGAGGUGGAGAGACAAAGAAUGCCCAUUUUAGUGAAAUCCAAACACUUAGAUAACAUUCGGCCUCACCAUCUUCUAGCAACAAAGCUGUCAGAUCAAAAAUCCAGCAGUAGUGGACCCUCGGCGAUGUAUCAGAAAAAGCUGCCGCCAUUGCAGACGAGCAGGCCUGUGGAUCAUGUUUUGACGCUCAAGCAAGUUACUAAAAUUAAUAGUAAAAAAGACUGCACACAAAAAUCUGGGUAUAAUUCAGUCAGUCCAUCUAAAGUAUUUCACCAGAGCAGUGAAAGAUUUCCCAAGGACAUCGUGAGAUGGGGACUAUAUGGCAUCAGGAACUCUAGCAAGGACUCAGGAAGCAUAAGACCAGUUGAUCCACAGCCUCCUGUUCUGGAGUCCAGCCUAAAGUCAACUGCCAGAGCGAACAUCGAAUCUCUUCACCACCAGAGCAAGAUCUUAGCAAGAAGAGGUUCCAAUGAGCUAUUAAACAUCGUCACUGGCUUCUCGUCUACCUAUCAAAAUCUUCGUGCGGAACUCGAUCGCCUAUAGUGGGACCAGGAUGCACCCGAAUCUGACACAAAACCAAAAACAGGUACAAUAUUACAAUGAUAUGUCUGCUUUUAUUCUUACAGACAACCCCAAAAACAUGAAUUAAGACAAAAUGUUAAUAUCUGUUAGACAUUUAUUUCAGCUAUUGUAAAAGCUAAUCUUAUAUUUAUCUAUAAUAUAUUUCUAUUCCAUAUUGCAUAUGGAGAAUUCUCCAUGGAUAGCUAGCAUCUUGAUUGUAAAAUGUAUUUUAUGUGGCAUGGGUUUACCAUUUUUCUUUCUUUUUUUUUUUAAUAACUAGAACAAGAGAAUCAAGAAAAAAAUCUUCUGGAUCUUUGUGGUUCGAUUGUUCCUGAGGCAUCUUUACUAUCAAAGCCAGGUAAGACAGGUAGUAGCAUUUCUACUGCUCAGUUAGCCAGAGACAGACAGACCUCAAUCUGUGCUAUCCUUGACCUGAGCACUUAAAGGGAAACUAUAGUGCUAGGAAUACAGAGUUGUAUUCCUCGCACUAUAGUAAGCUAUAGUGCCCCAUUCCCACACGCUGCCCCUCAGCAGCGCAGAAAGGGUUUACUUAUUUCCUUUAAUUAAUAUAACAUAUACACGCUGUUGCUCUUCACAUGAAAAGUGCUUCUCAGUUUAACUUCCGGUUUGACAAGUGUUUCCAAGGACAGAACAUUUUAUGUGAUGCUCAGUGUGAAUUCGAAACAUCUUUUUUUUUUAGCUUAUCUUUUAUUUUCAUGAGUUCUCUUGUUAUAUUAUCUUUGUUUUAUUUUUUAUCCUGCACUAAUGCCUUUCUUGUUUCCUUCAAGGAGCACAAGGAAAGUGCUGACCUGCUUACUGUGUUUCACCACAUUGCGGACACAUACUUACAAACAGGUACAAUGUUACAGUGAUAUGUCUGACUAGAGUUGUUUGUAAGACAAAAAGCAAACAAACCCAAAAGCAUAAAUUAAGACAAAAUAUUAAUUUCUGUUAGACAUACAGCUAUUGUGAAAGCUAAUCUUAUAUUUAUCCAUAACACAUUUCUAUUCCAUAUUUCAUAUGUAGAAUUCUCCACGGAUAGCUAGCAUCAUGUUUUAGAUAUUGGUUUUUAAUGGGUUUUUUUUUUUGUUUUUUUUAUAACCUUAGGUUGAGCUGAUUGUAG